UGAUGAGGAAAAGAUUUGAAAGGACUGUUGCAAUGCUGCAGAAAAACGUGGGUUUUGAUUUGCUAAGUGUGUGUGUGUGUGUGUGUGUGUGUGUAGGUUUACAGGUGUAAUCUGUAGGAGGAGACAUGACCUCCACAAUGAGUGUGUCUGUGAAACAGCGCUUAAAGAAAGAUAAGAGUCUGAUUCAGGGUGAGAGAUCAGACUCACCUGAACCCAGCUGUGUGUCCAUGAAGAGUGACCAGUCAAUGGAUCCUCCAAUGCGCUUUAGAGACACAGACUGUGCUACUGAUCUGAGACUGCAGAAGAAUAAAUCAAAAAUCACUGAGAAGAGUCAUUUGGAGGCCAUAUUCAAGGAUCUGAAGCACAAAGUCAUCACUCUGUUAAAGAAUGAGCUGCAGAGAUUUAAGAAGCUCCUGAGUCCAGAUUACCCAGCAUGCACUGAGAGGGAUGUGGUGGAUGAGGAGGAUCAGAGCAGUGUCAGAGAGGAAGCGCUGAAGAUCACACUGCAUGUCCUGAAGAGCAUGAACCACACAGAUCUCGCUAACACACUGGAGAACAAACUCGUGUACCAGCAGAAACUCAAAUCCAAACUGAGAGAGAAAUGUAAAAGAAUUAAUGAAGGAAUCUCACAGCAUGGAAGCUCAGCACUUCUGAAUGAGAUCUACACAGAUCUCUACAUCACAGAGGGUUGGAGUGGAGACGUCAAUAAUGAACAUGAGGUGAGACAGAUUGAGACAGUGUCCAGGAGACCAGCAACACAGGAGACACCCAUCAAAUGUAAUGAGCUCUUUAAAGACAAGUCCAUCAGAAGUGUGCUGACUAAAGGAGUUGCUGGAAUUGGAAAAACAGUCUCUGUGCAGAAGUUCCUUCUGGACUGGGCUGAAGGAAAAGCAAAUCAGGAUGUCACCUUCAUGUUUCCACUUCCCUUUAGAGAGCUGAAUUUGAUGAAGCAGAAAAAUCUCAGUCUGAUGAAACUUAUUCAUCACUUUUUCCCAGAAAUAAAAGAAUUACAAUUAAUAGAUUGUAAUGUUCACAAAGUGAUAUUCGUCUUUGAUGGUCUGGAUGAGUGUCGACUUCCUCUAAAUUUCCAGAACAAUGAGAGGUUGUGUGAUGUGACAGAGUCAGCCUCAGUGGACGUGCUGCUGACAAACCUCAUCAAGGGGAAUCUGCUUCCCUCUGCUCUCCUCUGGAUAACCUCUCGACCAGGAGCAGCCGAUCAGAUCCCUCCUGAGUGUGUAGACCAGGUAACAGAGGUACGAGGGUUCAGUGAUCCUCAGAAAGAGGAGUACUUCAGGAAGAGGAUCAGUGAUGAAAGCCUGGCCAAUAAAAUCAUCACACACAUGAAGUCUUCAAGAAGCCUCUACAUCAUGUGCCACAUCCCAGUCUUCUGCUGGAUUUCAGCCACUGUUCUAGAGAGAAUGUUGGGUGAAGCAGAGAGUGGAGAGAUCCCCAAGACUCUGACACAAAUGUUCACACACUUCCUGAUCUUUCAGAUCAAACACAAGGACCAAAAGUACCAUCAGAAAUGUGACCCUGAUCCUGAGCAGACCAGAGAGAGCAUCCUGGCACUGGGAAAACUGGCUUUCCAACAGCUGGAGAAAGGAAACCUGAUCUUCUAUGAGGAAGACCUGAGAGAGUGUGGCAUUGAUAUCAGAGAAGUGUCAGUGUACUCAGGAGUGUGUACCCAAAUCUUCAGAGAGGAGUUUGGGCUUCACCUGGGGAAGGUGUUCAGCUUUGUACAUCUGAGUGUUCAGGAGUUUCUGGCUGCUUUAUAUGAAUUUCUCUCUUUCAUCAACAAAAAGAAUGAAACAUAUCAAACCUGGUUUGGUCUUUUAACCAAAUCAAACAUGUCUGAUUUCCUGAGAAGUGCAGUGGACAAGGCCUUACAGAGUGAGAAUGGACACCUGGACCUUUUCCUCCGCUUCCUUCUGGGUCUCUCACUGGAGUCCAAUCAGACUCUCUUACGAGACUUAAUGCCCCAGACAGGAAGCAGCUCUCACAGCAAACAGGAAACAGUCGAGUACAUCAAGGAGAAGAUCAGGAAGAAUCCAUCUCCAGAGAAAUCCAUCAAUCUGUUCCACUGUCUGAAUGAACUGAAUGAUCAUUCUCUAGUGCAGGAAGUACAGCAUUACCUGAAAAGUAAAGAUGACAGUCGUCUCAGUGGAAUCAGUCUCUCUCCUGCUCAGUGGUCAGCUCUGGUGUUUGUGUUGCUGAACUCAGACGAGAAUCUGGAUGAGUUUGAUUUAAGGAAAUAUGAGCCAUCAGAGGAAUGUCUUCUGAGGCUGCUGCCAGUGGUCAAAGCAUCCAGAAAAGCUGUGUAA